UACUCUGGGUUUUCUCAGCUGUUUUUCUUGGCCAGAGGAUCACACCCAUAGGGAUGCAGAUAGGGAGCAGGAAGCAAGAGAACAGUAAAGUCAGAUGAGCCGGAAAGGAGGCAGAUGCUAAGGACAUGAGGAAAGUAGCCGCCAGCGGCCCAAACACCUAAGAGACAACACCCGAGGGGGCAGCUUCUCAAGUGCAGGUUGUGCUGGGCUGGGCAUGGUAAGGUCCUUGCAGGUAAUCCUCCUUCCCCUGGAGACCAGGAUCAGCAUCCUCGUUGUGGACUUCUUCUAGGGCUGGGCAGAAUCCUAGGCUCACAGCCACUACCAUCUGGACCUGGGAUCAUGUCUGCUAACAAGGGCUGGUGGGUGCCACCUGAGGGUGAGGACAACCUGUCUGGGAAGUUCCUAAGGAAGACCAGGGAGUCUCCACUGGUGCCUAUAGGUGUAGGAGGCUGCCUGGUGAUAGCCGCAUACAGGAUUUACCGGCUGAAGGCUCGAGGUCCCACCAAGUUGUCCAUACAUCUGAUUCACACCCGAGUGGCAGCACAGGCAUGUGCUGUGGGUGCGAUCAUGCUCGGUGCUGUGUACACAAUGUACAGAGAUUACGUCAAGAGGGCGUCAGAGGCUCCUAAGAAGUAGGGCUCCUGACAUGGCUGGACGGCCCAGUUCCCAGCUGUCUCUGUAUGUGCCCAAUAAAGCCAUGUUGAAGAGAG